UCACUUUUUCGUAACGUAAUCUAGUAAGUUCGCACAUACCUUCACCCACUGCCUUGCCCGCCCUCUUGUUUCGACAACACCAACUCAACCGCAACCUCAAUUUCACCUGUUGCUCGGGAGGUCGCCAUACUUCCUACCGCAUAUCGCCCAUGUCUGAUGCCUCCAAACACACAGAUACAAAUCUUGAUCCCAUUUCUAUUGCUCGCCUCUCUGUGCGACAUUCCACUUCUGUACAACAUUUCACCGAAACCUCGCAUCUCCCUUGUCUCCAACUGCCGUAUCACGUCUCCAACCUGAAGAACAAACACUGCCAGCAUCGCCGUCUCUGCAUCUUUGCGUCCCUCCUUCCCUUCGUCUGAGCAUCUCAUCAUCUAACUUGGCAACUACUUCAGUACGGAAAGGAGGCUGUGGCUUGUUCCCUCUCCCGCCCACUUGAUCGUUCACACGGCAUAGCCGCACGCCUCUUCUGCCAGGCCACACUACGAUCGAUCCACAACUAGCCUCUUUUUCGUCCAUAACUAGCUGCACCGUGAACUACCCCACGACCGACCGCUAUGCUCUAGCUGUCGGCGCUGAAGAUUACAUCAGAACACUACACAUCCAGUCGCAAACCCCUCUCAUGAAUUCAUAAUAGAGGCGAGCCCUGCCUUCAGCCAUCAUGACGCAACCACUUACUGCAGAAGAGGAAGUCCGCUACACUGAGAUCAUCGAUGGGAUCCUAGCUACAGCUGACCUCGAGACCGUCACUCGCAAAAAGAUUCGACUUGGACUUCAAGCUGAGUUAGGAGGCAGGGACUUGGAUGCGCAAAAGGAUGCCAUCAAAGCGCUCAUUGAACAGCGUUUUGAUGCGAUAUCGGCUGCUGCCGCUCCGGCCGACACGGUAGUCCAUGACUCGAAUCAUCCACCCUCUAAUGGUUACACGAAUGGCGAUGACUACGUUACCAAAGACGAGUCUGACGUGAAUGGUGGCGAAAUCAAGGUUUCGACACAACCGCCAAAGAAGAAGCCACGUAAAGAGCAGAGCACAGAUACCGAAGACGCUGAUGCUAAGUUAGCUGCUUUGCUCCAAGCACAGGAGAACCAGCGAACACGGACCACGCGUGGCGGGGGGGCUAAAGCCGCACCGAAGAAAAAGAAGGCAGCCCCCAAGAAGAAGAGUGAGAAGAGAGUCCGGUCAGAAGACGAUAGUGACGUGAAUGGCAGUGACGGUUCUAGCCCCAAGAAGCGUAAGGCCGGGGGAGGAUUCCAGAAACCUUUCAAUCUCAGUUAUCCUCUAGCAGAACUAUGUGGUGAACCUCAGCUAUCUCGCCCCCAAGUUGUCAAGAAGCUAUGGGCACACAUAAAAGAGCACCAGCUCCAAGACCCCAACGACAAGCGCCAGAUUCUAUGCGAUGAGAAAAUGCAAGCGGUCUUCAAGGUUGCCAAGGUUGACAUGUUUCAGAUGAACAAGCUCGUUGGCAACCACUUAUACCCCGUUGAAGAGGCGGCCUAGCCUAAGACGAUCUAUCCCAUGGGUACAGAGAGUCUCUUGCACUAUGAAUGUGCGAUGGCGUGAACGUCACUGUACCUACCUCUGGGCCAUGUAAUAGGCGGUGGCAGCCUUGACUUGGCUUGGUGUUUGGUUCCGCCCAACGUAAGCUGCCCCCUACACACCUAUACACGGUGGCGACGGUCAUCGGAGAAUCAAAUUUGACGGGUUACUUAAUGAGUCUGCAAAGCAUGGCGUUUUCAUAGGCAGGCUGGUGAUACAUCCUGCGUAGUUGGCGUAGAUCUAUCUAAUCCAGCAGGUAUGGUAUGGUAUGGUACGGGAUGGGAGGAUACGGUAUGGUAGGGUAGGGUAGGGUAGGGUAGGGUAUAGGUUAUUCAAAAUCUAUUAUGAAUUGACGAAUGUUGAAAUAGCCAAAUGGCUGAGUACUUGCUCGGACUAUCUAUUAGUAUCUUGAAUUAAAGGAAUGCUCAUAGCUUUGGACUGCCUCUCGCUGAUUGCGAAAAUGUUCAUGUGUAGUUACUAUGUAGGUCUGACGAGUGAGUCAGCAAGCCUUGGCUAUCAGCCAACCCGGGUUAAAGCUUAAAAGUCAAGCUUUCAUGACUAAUACUUAAAAUACACAAAUCGAACAAAGUUUCUAGAUUUAGGUUUCCUGGUUGGUACUUAUGAUUGAGUUAGAAGCGCGUCCACUUGUGAAGUUUUCAGAUGUUUAAC